GUGUCAUGGAAAAUCAGUAUAUUACGUGUGCAAUAAACAAAGUAAAUUCUCAAUAAACUUUCCAUGACGAUGUCGUGUUUUUUCAAUAAAUAUUUUGUUCAUAGAAACAGCCGGAUGAGAUAGAGGUUUUUAACAGAACUUGAAACAAAAAGAUGGCCUCGGGGUCACCCCGUGACUCUUUUGCCACGCUAGAAGAACAGGACCCAUUUAAAACAUUUGAAACAUUUGAAAUGGAGACAGCUGGUCCAAUGAGUGUUUUCACACUCGACAAACUGAACAAGGAUAAUAAUCGACUAAUCGCAGAAAACUAUUUUCUUAGGCGGGCUAUUGAACUGAGAAAACACAAUUCAAAGUUAAAGUCUGCAAAUGUAUUGGCAGGAGUUCUUUCUAUGCUAGAUGACCAUGAACCGAACAUGGGAAGUAUUCUUUCUCCUGUUGCCGAGAUACUCAAACGCCAUAAAGAACAGAUCUCGGAACAAACGAAUCAAGGUCUUCCGACAUGUACAAUUGGCGGGCAAAGUCGACCACCAAAUGUGCCUCCUUCAACACCAAGGACGCCCUCGUCCAUUAGGACCACUCAACCAAUCACGACAAAGCCGACUAACCGGACAAAACAAUCAAGCGACGAGAUUCCUUCACCUCCUCCGAGUCCUCCUAGGAUAUCUCCCAGUGACUUAGCAAUGGAACCCGAACAUUCAAGCCUCAAAUUGAAUAUAGCAGAUGCAGAGCAAUCCAAAGCCCAAUCACCAAGACCAGCUAGAUUGAACACUUCGGAUCUUCCCGACCCGAAAUCACCCUCUUUCAAUGACAGCAGGGAGCACGUUAUAUUCAUAUAUGAGGCGAACAAAGACAGACAGAAUUCACCCAGGAGUCACAAUAUGAACCAGCAGCAAUACAAUGAAUUCCUAGGACAACAGGUCGUGGGGUCCAAACUACAGAGUUCAACUAUGCAACCCCAACACACACUGGGAAACACGGACAAUGGAUAUUAUAAUGCCUCUUACAGCAAUGACGGGGUCUUUCCAACGAGAACACCAAUAAGACGAAAGGCAACUAUUGUGGGUACGAUUGGCCACGGUUAUAUCUGGGAAGCUGACAAGAUUGGCGAUCCUAUCGCAAUGUCAACCCCAAUACAAAAACGAGAUGCGUCGACAAUGCCUCGACAUAAAGAUAUGAGUAGUAACACUAUGGAUGUUAAACCGAAGUCUCAUCGAAAGUCACAAAGUAUGGUACACAUGUCUUCAGAAAAAGAUAAAGAAUGUGGAAGUGAGAGCCGUCCUCUAACGUCCAAAUCUCAAAAGAUCCUCGUAACACCUGGUCAUGGCGAAGUAUACGACUACUACAUGUCAACUCAAACGCCAUCUGCUCUCCAUGCAUCGUACACGGAUGGCCUUCUCAACAAAAUGAACCAAACCAAACGUAUCAUCGGAGAGAUAGCGUUCCAGUUGGACAGACGCAUUCUCUUCUAUGUAUUCAAUAAAAACAAGAAAUCCGGUGAAAAAAUGGACAAAAAACGUUUCUAUGGUUACACAAUCGGUAACUUGGAACAUAUGAUUAAACUGGACUCGUGCGAUCCUGAAACUGGGAAACUCAACCAUAUGCAAUAUAUGAAUUUGAAGUACCGUUUUGAUUUCAUUAAAAGAAGCCUCUAUCCCCUUGGUUACCGGAUGGAACACCACCCAAAUUUGGCUAUAAAGUUGGUGAAUAAGUACGGGCUUCUCCAUGGGCCACCGGUGAAAGGAUCAGUGGACGAACAAGGGAUCAAUAAUCCACUGGUUGUUCAACAUCUUCUCAGAAAGAUUGUUCCAAGGCAUGAAAUCGAAGAUGUUUUAAUUAUAUUUGAGAGUCUUGUUCUCCUUGCUCAUGAUGAUGGCAAGGCUUUGUUUCUCUGGUAACAACGAGUUUGUUCCUAUUGUAGCUAAGGCGUUGUGAUGACAACGAACGUAAUUUAGAUAUUCGGCUUAAUCACUUUACUUUAAACUAUUUGUGUAUAAAAAAAACAGCAAUAAAUGUGAUACUUUUAAAAAGAGAAAA